UGACCGGACGGGGGCGUGGCCUCCGCCCGGCGGAGCGGGCGCGUCCCGGCGGCGGGAGCGGCGGGGCUGGUCCGGACCGAGCCGAGCCGAGCCGAUCCGAACCGAGCAGAGCCGAGCCAGGCCGAGCCGAGCCGAGCCGAGCCGGGCUCUGCCGCCGCCCGGCCGGCUGGUGACAAGCGGCGGCGGGAGACAGAGCGCUCGUCCCCAUGUGGCGGACGCUGGCCCUCGCCUCCGCCUUCUUCCCGGGGCUCUUCAUCCUCUGUAUCCGGUUGCUGCGCUGGGCCGCCCCGGGAUGGAGCCUCAAGGAUCGCAUCCUCCUCAGCGGCAGGCUGGUGUCAACGGUCCAAGCCACGAUGGCAACGGUGUCAGGGAUCACGGUUGUCCUCAGCUGCAAGGACGUGGUGCAUGACAGGCACUGGCUGGCUGUGGAGUAUGUCUGGGUCCUGGUUCCCUACAUGACCUAUGACAUCUAUGUCAUGUACCUGUGCCACUGGCACAAGAGCCAGGAGAAGGGGAUCCUGGAGAAGAAGCACUCGCUGGCCAGCGUGUGGAGCUUCCUGCUGCAGGAGAGGCUGAUGGUGACCCACCACCUCUUCAUCCUCAUCGUGCUCACCCCCAUCACCCAGCAUUUCAGGGGAGAGCUGGGGGACUUCUUCGUGGGCUGCAUCUUCACAGCAGAGCUGAGCACACCUUUUGUAUCCCUGGGCAAAAUCCUCAUGCAGCUCAAAAUGCAGGACACCCUCCUGCACAAGGUGAACGGGAUCCUGGUCCUGGUGACCUUCUUCCUGUGCCGCAUCCUCCUGUUCCCGUUCAUGUACGCGGCCUACGCCCGCCAGGUGGGGAUCCCGCUCUACCUGGUGCCGUUCCGCAUCCCCCUGCACUGCAACAUCGCCAACGCCUCGCUCAUCGCCCCGCAGCUCUACUGGUUCCGGCUCAUCUGCCGCAAGGCCGCCCGCCUCUACGGCGGUUCUCCCGCCCACCGGAGCCGAUAACGGGGCUGAGAGCGGCACAGGGGCGGCCCCGGCGCUUCCCCCUGGAAGCAGCUCCGGUCUCCAGCGCCGUGCAGGCAGCGCCAGCCUGGGCUAGGAAGGCUUUCCUCCCACACCAGUGCCUCGUGUGCCGGGCUGGAAGCACGACAUUCCUUCUGGGAUGCAGCUCUGCCGAGCCGAGGGUUACACGAGAGGAGUUUGCUCCUUGUUCCAGCCCCCCCGGCGCUGACACCGGACACCGGCGGGCAGGAGCGGCCGGCAGCAGGGACGGGGAGCUGUGCCCGAGCUGCAGCACAGCUCUGCAGAGCCCUUCCUGACCUCACUGACUGCAGCUCUACACUACAGCCUUGUCUGGCCUCUGACCUCCCACGUGCACCUCACCUGCUGCUGCUGCUGGGCUCAAGCUCCACUCAACCCGAGGGUGCUUUUCACUACAGCUGUCUGCCAGUCCUGGGGGAACUCCUGUGAUCCCUGCAGGGCUGCAGGGCAGAAGCUCACGCCACGACAGGGGAAUGAUUCUGCUGUCUCAGGAUGGGGACAGGAACCUGCCAAUCCGUGUCUCACCAACACACAGGGCACUGUGCAGAGCCCUUCCUUGGCAGGGGGUGCCAUUUUCCCUCCCCUAACCACAGCUGCUUUUAUCUGGCCUGCAUCCCCUCAGCAGGUAUUCAAAACCAUCUGGCACACCCUGCUCUGCUCUGCCCUCCAGCUGGCACCACCACGCCCUGGCAACACCUGUACAGUGGAACCCUCCUGCCCCAUCCCACCCCCCAUGGGGCUGCCAGGGACACAACUGGGGCUGCACAGAAGGAACCAGCAACCCCAGAGCAGGAUGCCGAGCUGUCCCUCACCAGUUCAGCCCAUUUCCACUUUUAACCACAGCAAAAUGGGUACAGGCUCCCCAGCUCGCCCUGCACCACAGGGUGUGAGCAAUCAGACCACAGCCGAGUUCAUUCCCUGCAGCCAGCACCAGCCACCUCCUCCUGCAGCCUGCUGUGCCUGCUCCAGGGCAGGGAACUGGCACAGCCCCAUGCCCAGAGACCUGUGACCACUCUGUGCCUUCCAUUCUGUCUGAAACCAGCAGCCAGGCUCUGGGAAACAUGGAUCUUUUGGGUGUUGGAUCUCAUCCCAACCACGGCUGCUCUUCUGGGUCUCUUCCGACCGGUGGAUGUUGUUGCAGAGACUCUGCAGUCACAGUAACCAAAGUCACAGUAACCACCGAGACCAGCUGACGUUACAAACCGCUUGCAACUCCUUACAGAUGUUGUAUCUCACUGUUUUCAUUGCGAAAAAUGUGCCUUAUGUAAGGACAAAAAAAUUCCAGCCAAUGAGGCACCUCAGUUUGCACUAACACUGCCCUAUUUACUAUCAGGAGACCAAUAAAGAUUUCCUCUCUGAGUCACACCA